AUGGCUGUAGUAAAAGAGACAGUCUUAAGUGCAAGGGAGGGUGUGGAGAAACUGGACCCCUUGGACACUGCUGGCAGGUGGAGGCUCCAGGCCAUUCUGCACUGCCGGAGCCCCCAGCCCCUCCUGGCCGCUGAAAGGAAGGACAAGUGGGACGAAGACAAGCUCUUCAUCUCCAGUGGGGCCACGGCCCGCGCCGGGGGCCGCAUCCGCUCGGAGCGCAGCUUCGGUGGCGUGGUGGAGCUGGGCGCGCACUGGAUCCACGGGCCCUCCCCGGGCAACCCCGUCUUCCAGUUGGCCGCCAGCUACGGGCUCCUGGGGGACAAGGAGCUGUCGGAGGAGAACCAGCGGGUCGAGACCGGGGGCCACGUGGGCCUGCCCUCCGUGAGCUACACAGGCUCCGGGGCCCGCGUGAGCUUUGAGCUGGUGGCAGAGAUGGCCCGUCUGUUCUACGGUCUGAUAGACCAGACCCGAGAGUUCCUGCACGCGGCGGAGACCCCGGCGCCCAGUGUGGGGCAGUUCCUCAGGAAGGAGGUCAGGCGACACGCGGCCGGCUGGACGGAGGACGAGGACUCCAAGCAGCUCAGACUGGCCAUCCUGAACGCCUUCCUUAACGUGGAGUGCUGCGUGAGCGGCACCCACAGCAUGGACCUGGUUGCCCUAGCGCCCUUUGGGGAGUACACUGUGCUGCCGGGGCUGGACUGCACCUUUUCUGGGGGCUACCAAGGACUCACAAACCACAUGAUGGCCUCCUUGCCGAAGGAUGUGAUGAUUUUUAACAAGCCUGUGAAGACCAUUCACUGGAAUGGUUCCUUCCAGGAGUCGGCGUUUCCUGGGGAGACCUUUCCGGUGCUGGUGGAAUGUGAGGAUGGAGGCCGUUUCCCAGCCCACCAUGUCAUCGUCACGGUGCCUUUAGGAGUUCAUGGCCCACACUCUGAGAACCGCUGCCCUGAGGAGGGCCCACGAUGGGCCACUCUGUCUGUGCACGUCCUCUGCGGCUUCAUUGCUGGGCUUGAGUCUGAGUUUAUGGAGACUCUGUCGGAUGAAGAAGUGCUUCUGUCUCUGACUCACGUGCUCCGGAGAGCGACAGGAAACCCACAGCUCCCCGCACCCAAGAGUGUGCUGAGGUCUCGCUGGCACAGCGCUCCAUACACCAGGGGCUCCUACAGCUAUGUGGCUGUGGGCAGCACCGGGGACGAUGUUGACCUGCUGGCUCAGCCCCUCCCUGCGGAUGGCGCCGGUGCCCAGCUCCAGGUACUGUUUGCAGGGGAAGCCACACAUCGGACAUUUUACUCCACGACGCACGGGGCGCUGCUGUCCGGCUGGAGGGAGGCUGACCGCCUCAUCAGUCUGUGGGACCCGCAGGGGCAGCCGCGCCGGCCCAGGCUCUGAGCUCGGCUCCCGUCUGUGCUGUCCCUCCUGUGCUGGGGAGGCUGGGACAGUGUUCAGUCUGGCUUGAGUCUGGGGAUAUUAAUGAAAGUCAGCUUCUCAUUUCUCAACCUGUGGCUGCAGUCUGGCCAGGGCUGAGCUGCUGAGCAGGAAGUCUUCCUGCAGGGAGGCACCGGGCGUACAGUAAAAGUACAUUCAAGCCAA